AUGAAUAGAAAUUCUAUAGCCAGUGUCAGCCACAGCUAUUUGAGUCUCAUCGUGCUCAGGAUUCUCGCUGCGAAUGGAUUCAACAGGUCAUCACAGCAAUCCAUCGAGUCUCUCACCCACGUUCUUGAAUGCUUUCUCCUCAAUUUGGCCCAAUCUGCUGCCGAUUACGCCCACAUCGGCAGAAGAUCUGAUGUCUCCACCCACGACGCUGCUUCUGCCGUGCAUGACGCUUUAGGCGAUAACUACUUGGAUAGUCUACACGAUCUCAUUGAAGACUCUCCUCGUCUCCACCUCAACAAGUCUCCCUGGGAGAUUGAAUGCCAAAAGGCUUUAUCCGACCCAGAAUUCGUCGGCUACAACCUCCGCCCAAGAGCCGUGCGCUACGAUUAUGAUAGAGUGCCUGAAUUCCCCACCGCAUCCCUCACUCGCUCUUCAUCCGAUAUGGACAUUGAGGACGACAACGAUUUAUUCGGCCAAUCUGAACAGCAGCAGGAAGCAGUGGAAGUGGAAAAGGAAAUCGAUUGUGAAGAAACUUUCGAUGUCGACGACGCUACCCUCAUUCCACCCAAAAAGCGCUUCAAAGAUGAUGCGCAACUCGUUCCAGCCGGUUUCCCUGAUUUGCCUACGCAGAAUCCACUUGAGGAUCUCCCUGAUGCCGAGGACAUACAUGCCACGCCUCAACUACCAAAAGCGCGCCAACAAGAUGUCACCCAAGACAUCUACGACCCUUACCUCAACCCUAUCCCCUACAACCAAUCGCAGCUAUCGUCGCUGCAUCCAUACACACCCCUCACUGCAGAGAACAGCAAAGAGGGUGCUGACAGUGUAUCCGAAGCUGAUUUCCUCGCUUUACUCCUCAAUGCACAUUCGAGUGCUGCUCAAAUACCCCAACUUAACAAAUCGAAUGGCAAGAAUGUACAGAGGGAGAGAGUGGGCACGCUGUUAUCGGCAGUGACGUUGAGUGAUUUCAGUGCAGCUGAUUCGCUUUACGGAAUGUUCCCAGCAGCUGGUUUGAAAACACAAGCCACUGCACCCGCACCCUCACACUACCAGUCGAAUAAGGAGAAGGAGAGUAUGGAUAAUUACGCAGAUAAACUCAGACCUGUCGCUGCACUUCCUAGCUCGGCUGUUGCCGCUAAUGCCCUCUUUAAGGCUAGAUCCCCACUCGCUGCUCUAGCUAGAGUACUUCCGAGCGACUUUAAUAGACGUGUGACGAGAAUGAAACACCCUGAAGCCCUUCACGACCCAGCUCACAAACAUAAAUUCACUUAUGGUAGACCGCACUCGGUUCCAGGCAAGGAGAAGGAUGAAAAAGGUCACUUGAUCUACACAUGGGAUCACAAGCUUAAGGAUUGGGGUAAGAUGAGCGACCACGAGGAUCAACCAACUUUCGAAUCAGCUGGUGCCGGUGCUGCCCAGACUUACCCAGCCCAAUGCUCUUCAUUGAGAAAGAACGGCCACGUCGUCAUCAAGGGCAUGCCUUGUAAGAUUGUUGAUAUGAGCACUUCCAAGACUGGAAAGCACGGUCACGCAAAGGUCAACCUUACUGCCUUGGAUAUCUUCACCGGCAAGAAAUACGAGGAUGUCUCACCAUCCACCCACAACAUGGACGUUCCAAACGUCAAGAGAACUGAGUUCCAAUUGGUCGACGUCGACGACGGUUUCCUCAGCUUGCUCAUGCCAAACGGCGAUUCCAAGGACGACGUCAAGGUCCCAGAGGGUGAAUUGGGUGAAAAACUUGAGAAGGACUUCAAGGAUGGCAAGGAUCUCAUGGUCUCCAUCCUCUCCGCUAUGGAUAGAGAAUCUUGUGUUGGCUACAAGGAGGCGCCACAAAACUAG